AUGGCUAGCAUUGGGAAUCUAACCAUCGAAGAGCUGACUCUUCCACCGCUGAGCCCACUCACCAACGGUCCAUACCAAGAGUCACACACAAGAGAGCGCGACAAAAUGAUAUUGGAAUGCUCGAACUGGCGUAAAGCCUACCGCCUGCUACAGCAGAUAUCCCCAGUGGAUAAUGACAUCAAACAAAAGCGGAUAGACCAUUCCGAGCAACGUGAUGUGCUCCUCGUCCGCGCCGACGAGAUGGCGUGCGAGCUCUCGCGAGCCAAUGGCUGCGACAGCUAUCUCACCAUGUGGAAGGCUAUCGAAGGAUCGAAAGAAGAGCAAGUAUACCAGUACAUGGGUAUUCGAGUCCUGAUGUCGAUGGCUGCUGUCGUUGAGAUCUUCUCCAUCUACGAAUACCUUGACAUCGCGAUGGGAAGAAACAUCCCACAUGCACAGUCACCAAAGCCAGAAGACCCGGCAAAAAGUCUCAACGCAAAGGAUGCUGGGCCCGGCGACAAACAAGACAACGAGGAACACAGCGGUGAGGACGUGGCUGCGUCCGAUCAACCGAUGCCUACACCAGAGCAGCAGUCUGAUCUGCCGGAGGAGGCUGUCAAGCCGACCAUCGACUAUAGCUACAUGAUCGAGUGCGUUGCAAAUCACGACGCCUCUGCCUUCUACGAUCUGUUCAUCAAAACAACCAAAUCAAGCAACUGGUCUGAACAGCGUACAAAGUAUAUCCGAUGCAUCAUCGUCCGCGAGUUCGCAGACAUCUUCUUGCUCCGCCCACUGGUUAUGACCACCGAGAGGAUGCUGGGAAAGAUGCGCACAAAGAUGAGCCCUGAGGAAGUAAGGUCCGCGGACGUGGAAGCUGACAGGCUGUUUGCUUCCUUCAACCCUGGAGUCCAGGGGCACAAAGACUCACGGACCCGUAAUUCUAUGCAACCGAACGGCCAUGCAUUCUCAAUCGAAGAUAUGUAUGCGAUGAGCCGAAGAUGGGGAUUGCCGUCGAUUAACGUCAAGGCAGAUCACAAUAGGUUGGCGAAGGUGUGUCUGGAGCGGGAGGGCUAUGUGUCCUAA